CUUCCCCAGCCUGCAUCUCUCGAAAUCUUGUGUUGUGAAGAUCAACAGUUUACAUUUUAACAAACAAAUAUCAAGUUUGUAUUUCAUAUCGGUAAACUUCUCUAUAUCUGUUCAUGUCCUAUCUAUAUAUGUGAUACGGUCACACAGGAUUAAACACACAACUUAUUGAGAGAUGAACAAAGCCCACAUGUUCUGAAAUCUUUGUGAUAACGACAAUUGGACACAACAUGGCCGCCACAACACAGAUACGUCGACAAGUCUUCAACGCUGUAUCUAUUUCCUUAUUCGUACUUUGUGUCCUAUGUAAUGGUGGCAUUGCCUUGAACACAUCCACACAGGCCACUGAUGAUUCAGCCUACCUGUCUAGUGUGUACUCGUCAUUAGUAGAUGAUACAGUUGGUUAUAGUUCGGAAAGUACCUCAAGUUGGAUAACGCCUACUACAUCUGCUGUCGUCGAGACUAGUGUUACUUUAAUUACAUCAUUUACCUCCAGUAAUACAGUCAUCAGUUCGACAGUUGGAAGCCUAACAUCAAAUACAUCAAUCAAUGAAAUCAGUGUUACUUCAUAUUUGUCUUCCACGUCAACAAUCGAGAUCCCUGUCACAGCUGGAGUGGACUCUACGUCAAAACAUUUAUCAACCUCUAUGGAUCAGCUUAGCAGUUCAAUUGUUUCAACAACAGAUUUAGCGUCGAGUGAUAUGUCGUCUGCUAUAAAUCCCUCUACAACACACCUUGUCAUUCAGUCAUCACUAAACACGGAGAUUUCUACUGUGACAGACCUAGUUCUAAGUAGUUCUAGGUCAUUUGGGAACACAGCGUCUGUCAUCGUCACCUCUAUGCCAUCAACAGCUGCAAUAAUGACGGACAGUUCGCUGCAACCCUCAACAGUGGUGAGCAAUGUAAGUUCUGCUGUGACAGAGGCUGUUACAACAUUGGCAAAUACAACGACCGACGGGAUUUUAAGAAGCACGGUGACCCCAAGUUCUUUAUCGUCUAGCCGAAGUCCGGAGUUUAACUCGUCAUCGGACGGAUUAUUUACUACUGCAACUACACACGCUAACACGCCUGUUUAUACCUCCACACAACAUGCUGUUACAACCACAACAUCAUUGCUUAGGACCUCAUCGGCAAUCAGCCAUACGGAACAUGUGACUUCCAGUUAUCACCACUCAUCCUCGUCGUCAGUUGUUAUAGCGCCAACAAGCAGCACCGAUGCUGGCAUAACGUCAUCCACAAUGACCGUAACACCUGACCCUGCCUUACUUGCAGAGCUGGACAGUCUGCGGAGUAAAGUUCAAGAAUUAGAAGACUCCAAUAACGGCUUACAGACAGCGACUAUUGUGCUGGCAAUCCUACUCGCAGUGAUUAUAUUGGUGAUAUUCGGAUUGUUUUAUCUACGUCGACGGCGAAUUGCUAAGAGAAAAAAGAACAGAUUUGGCGGGAUCGAUGCUGACCUUACAACGCCUGUGAUCCAACGUCCGAAGCCAGCCUUUGGUUACACAGAUAGUAAAGAUAUCUCAUUCGGCGGGAGAGUCAGUACGGCGACACUAGAGGAAAGUGAAGAAGGUGGAGAAAUGUCGACGUUAGGGACAUUUUCUACACUACCUAAAUCAGGAAUACAUAACAAUAAUAUGGAUACGCCAUCUUAGUUCUUUUGUGCUAAAAUGUAGAGUAAAAUAUCUUCAAAUGGUGACGCCAAGCGCUAGGAACUUUAUGAUGUGUGGUCAGCGAAGGAGUGUCAUAUAAAUCCGCACAAAGGGCUGUGCCUUACAACAUUAAUCAGAGCAUGCUUGUAAUGAACAGUUCAACACAAACUGUCAAUGCCAUUGGCUUGUGCUCCAUGAAUCCUACUUUAACGCAGAAGACAAGGAAGUAGCCUGGAUAAUUGGACUGUUAUAUUGAUGUUGAAGACGCUAAUUGGUAUAUAUCAUACAAAGGUAUAGUCUUUUGUGAUGUGUUCAUACAAUACCUAGCGUACAUGUAAUGCCAUAACCCACUGAGCCUUCAAUUUCUCGCAACGUUUGAAUUGUGUACUUGUGCAAUUAGUUUCCGUUCAUGUAGAGGUUGGUUGUGUACUUAGCGUUAGAGUAGUAACUUGUCACAUGCUCAUAUAAAUUAGUUUUCUCGUCGUGAUGAGAUGAUGUAUAUUUUGUACAAUUAGUUUUCUCGUCGUGAUGAGAUGAUGUAUAUUUUGUACAAUUAGUUUUCUCGUCGUGAUGAGAUGAUGUACGUUUUGUACAAUUAGUUUUCUCGUCGUGGCGAGAUGGUGUACGUUUUGUACAAUUAAUAUUCUCGUCGUGGCGAGAUGGUGUACGAUCUGUACAAUUAGUUUCCACGUCGUAGGGAGAUGAUGCACGAUCUGUACAAUUAGAUUCGACGUCCUCGUGAGAUCAUAUACGAUCUGUAUAUUUAGUUUUCUCGACGUAUUUGGAUUACGAUCUUACGGUUAAAAUUAUUCCGAAUCAUAUUGCGAUUAUGCAUAACAUUACUAUUCUGUCACAUGUGAAUAAAAACAGUCUGUAAACUAGUUUACCGUCAUUAAUUGAUUAUAAAGGUACUCUACCUUUGGUUUCUACGCUUAUACAGAUAGACUAUAUAACUACUGUAUGUUUCUCGCUACGUUGCACUAGCAGAUGGGGUACUAUAGGACCAUACUAUACGUGGAUUGUUCUAGCGACUGACAUUGUUGUUGUAGAUACCUUCGUUGCGUCCCAUACCAAUUAGUGCAUUGUUUAGAAGUAAGAUAUGUUCAGACAGUGUCGUUAACGUGAUCACACAAUGGGAUGGUGCAUUAUUACAAAGGAUGUAUGUACAUGGAUAUCUUACCUUAAACUAGGUGCUCAAAGUUUGAUAUGAGAAGUUAGCAUAUUUUUGCUGAAUGUAAAGCGGUAAUAGGAUAUGUUUAUUAUUGUUAUGUGGUGAUAAAAUAAUACCAUGUUAUAAAUAUAUGAUACAUAACAAAGGAUAAUUGAUAUAUGAUACAUAACAAAGGAUAGCUGAUACAAGUCCGAUGUCUGAUUUCAUUGAUGUAUUACAUUAUAAUUUAAUCAUAGAUUGGAAACAUCGCUAGUAAGUUAUUACAUUUUGGUAACAUUUCCCUAUAUACUUUGAGCUUGUAAAGGAACUGGAUACGGUAACUGAUAAUGUCCAUUCGCUGUAUUUACAUUACUAGUUCUAAAGCAAACCACGAAAACGUCAAACUAGUUAACACAAUGGACCUUUAACAAAAUGAGAUAUCGUUAUAACUUUUAUAAUUAUAAUCGUUUGCUAUAUGAUUUAUUUAUUGGUAUAAUAUGAAAAUUUGUUUAUCUAAAGUAAUAUUGUUAGGCAGAUAUAUAGUGUAGUUUGAUAUUUUUGCGUCCUAAGUGGAUUUCGGUAUUGAAUAUCUUUGGAUAGAUUUUACCUUCCUCUUUAGUAUGUGUGCUAAAAGAAUCAAAUAGGGAAUAGUUAAAAUGACGUAAUCAAAUCGGUAUAUCCUUUAUUAUUAUGUAGAUUUCUGUAGAUAUCACACGUGCUUUUCACGUGUACAAUGUACAUUAUAUAGCAAUAUGCGUACACGAUAAGAUCUCUUUGUGAUGAUUUUGAGUGCGAGAUGGUACAUAGAGAUAUAUGUCUAAUAGCAUUAUGAGUGGAAUAUGAUAGUGCCAAUAACGCGAUCGUGUGUUUUGUGGUAAAAAAUAGUGCUAAUCACGCAAUUGAUGUAAAAUAUAUAAUUUUUAUUUCCUCGAGUGUUAUUAAACGGUGUUUAUUUUUAAGUUUAGUGUAAUAACUAAGCGCUAGUUAUGCGGUUGAUUGUGAUAACAUGUUAAAUCCGCUGUGACUGUAAUAUCCGGGUGAUUAAUACACCAUCAAUUGUAUUGUUAGUAAUACUAAGGUAAGCUAUAUAGGGGAUACUCACUUAUUAUUAUUUAUUUUAUUAUAAAUAAAUGAUUCUUUAAAUGAAAUUCUAAUUCCUCAGUUAUUCUAUGGUAACUAGACAAUGCAUCGAUAUUAUUAUAUUGUAAUACUUCGUGACAAACAACUAAGAAGUGUUAGUUUUAAAUGCUGAUAUACCUGUAUCUUGAUAGCGAGAUCAACCUGUAAGUAGCAAAUAUAUGAAUGUUGUAGAUAUAUAUUUUAUAUAGAAUAUAAUGGCUGCAUACAAGCAGCUUUAUAACAUAUUACAAGUGUACCUUUUUGUGAAUGAUUGAAUGUUGUAUUUAAAUAAAGACAAACUGGAAUCGUUUACCUAGAGCAUCGAUAGAAUUAGACACGAUUGUACAAAAACAUUCAAUAAUACCUUUAAAUUGGAUGAAGGACUACAUAAUGUAUAUAUGGCGAGCGACAAGUACAAAGCUUCAUUAUCUAGUUGUUUCUUCCGUCUUGGACUCGUCAGUGAUGCUCGGGCCAUGAAUGUUGAAAUCCAUAAGUGUCCAUAAAUAGUUGAUACAAAAUAGAACAGUAUAGUCUCUUAUCUCUUUACGAUACAGGUGACCCACGACUUUGACCUUUAACAAUGAGUUACGUUAUUAGAUAAAAUUGUGUUGACUUUACACUUGAAAAAUGAUAUAUGAUAAAAUAAUCAAGAUAUAGUAUGAUAUGUCAGUAUUGCUACCAAACAAAUAAUUCCCUUUUAUUGACAGUUCAAAUAGCUUAACAGUUUGUCAGCUGUGAUAGUCUAGAAAGGCGACAUUCAACGCUCCAGUAAGAUAGAAAGUAAGAUUUUUCAAAAUAUUCAAUAUAUGACAUACCUGUGAAUAUUGUCUUGUGCGAUUUCAAAAUUAAGCUGUUUUUUACAAUGGUCCUUUACUUGCUUGUGUUAUUAUGUAGAUACAAAUAAUGAUUUUAAAUAAAGAUUUAGUUAGAUUAGCAAACACUAGUCAGUAAUAGUAAGGCCUACUUAACGUUACUGUAGAUCCAUUCUAAAUUUCAAUUAAACAUUUCCUCUCUUCAAAUUUGUCUUUUACGUCAUUAUAAAAGUCACAACGUUUAAUGAAAAACAUUUUGAUGACAUUUACAGGCUUAAAUGUGUAUUUGUAUCACACCCAACAACUUACCAGAAUCUAUCUCUUUAAAAAAAUCACGAAAACCUGUGACUCAUUUAUAGAAAUUCUCACAUUUACAUAGGAAGUACCCCGAUUUUUAAGGCUAUAUAUACCGUGUACAUUAUGGCCAUUGCGUUCACAUACGAUCUUUACCUUUGUUUGCUCAGUUAAAGGAUGAAAUAUUGUAUUUCAAACAGUAUUGACGUAGAACGUGUACCUUAUCGAUACACGCACAGCUUGCCUAUAGAAUUAUGUCAUACCUAUUUUUAGAAUUAUCAUACAUAUAUAUGUAAUAUACAAUUUAGGGGUAGAUGUGAUUCGUUAUUGAGAAGGAAGCUUGUAUGUUUACAGAUGAAUUUAGGUUGUUUAGGUAAAACAUUUAAAAUUUCCUUUACAAAAACAUACUGUUCAAAAGGUUGUAAUUACAUGGGAUUUCAUCUUGUGAUAUAAUAAUAUCAAUGUGACUAUAGAAGAGUAGCUAUGUGUGUAUUAAAUGUGUACUUGUGUGUGUGAGGGUGUGUAUGAGGGCAUCUUUCUGGCUCAAUUAACAUAUAUCCAAUGUGUUCAUUACAUUUAGCAUAUGCUUAACUUUGUAAAUGCAUGUUAAAGCUUUUAUAUAAUAUGCCAAUAAAAUACUGUAUAUGGAUUAUUUGUAUAUAUGGGAUAUACAAUAUAUAAUUUAUUACAUAUCACGAAGAGAGAACGUAUAUGUAUUAUGAAUGUAAUAGUAGCAUAUACUACAUGGCACCUUUAAAUGUAAACAGUAAAGCACAUCGGGUGUGUGUGCAUUUCAUAGGGAUUAACAAUUGAAAUAGCUGCACGUUCUGAUGUUUUAUAAACCGUCCUAAUUGCCAAUAAAAUCUAACGAAAUAUUCAAAAA